ACAAAUAAAGUGAGAACGUCCGAGAGCGCAAUACCUGUGUGUAUGCCUUCAGCACCUGUGGACCCUGCUCCUGGCACAAACUGUUACAUAGCUGGAUGGGGAUCUCUUUAUGAAGAUGGUCCACCCUCAGAUGUUGUCAUGGAAGCCAUCGUACCGGUCUUGAGCCAGGAAUCUUGCAUGAGGACCCUUGGGAAAGAGAUGUUCACCAGCACCAUGUUCUGUGCAGGUUACCUUACCGGAGGCAUUGACUCUUGCCAGGGAGACUCUGGAGGACCUUUGACCUGCCAGGAUCCUUCAUCUAAGCAAUAUGCAUUAUAUGGAAUCACCUCCUGGGGUGAUGGCUGUGGAGAGAAAGGAAAACCAGGAGUAUACACUAGAGUAACUGCCUUUAUUGACUGGAUUGGAAGCCACAUGAAAAAGUCAAGUCCCACUCUUGAGCCCUCGUGUCUUGAAUUGCGUGCGCUGAGUGAUAUUCAGCAAAAUAAUCCAAAGUCUGAGAUCAAUUCCAUCUGUUCUUUUUAUAAGCAGUUCUGUCCAGGUCCACUCAACCCAAAGGCUUGUACACGGCUAGCAGAGGAGAAAUGUAGACAGAAGCAGAGAAGAUGUGAACUUCGAUCCUAUCUUCAGAUCCUUCUAAAUUUGCUACGGAAAGCAGAGGACUCUUUGCGGACAAACAUGGACUUUUUAUUCUUCACUCAGACCAUCCCACAGUUCAUGAAGCAAAUGUACAGUGACAUAUUCCCCUCUAGGGUCCGCAGAGAUCUCCCAGAGCAGCAUUCUGCCAUGGAUGAACUGAAUAAGGACAUACAAGCUGAUUCUCAGGAAUACAACAGUACAGAGACACAAUCUGGAAAUGAUACACACAGAAAACUACAGAGCAUAGUGUUUGAAUCCCUGUUUCCAGAUGUAGGACCUGGGUUGGAUGAUUGGGUAUCUGUUCUUCACAGUAUGGUUCCUGUGAAUUCACUAGAGGAGAACAUGGUGGGCAAAGAAAUUCUGGGACUGGAGGAUCAACUGUUACUGGAUACAAAUGACGAUGAAGUGCAAGAG